CAUCUUUAGAAUUUUCUGUGGUGGCUGAAGUUCCAAGUGGUUCAAAAGGAAGAGUUUGCCUGCCUGAUCAGCAAGCACUAUUCAGACCCUUCUGGAAGAGUCAAAGCAUUGUCUCUAUGGUCGUGAUCCGAAGCCGUUUUCAAUUGAUCUGGAACCGAUCCAAGACGAAUUUUUUUUUGGAAGAUCUGAAAUUCGCGUUCCGAAAGCAGAUCUGUGUAAUCCCUCAACCUGUGAAUACAAAACACGGCCAACUGUGUGGAUCUUGCUUCGCUCAUUGUUGUCUAGUACUAGGCAUUGUCCCCUCACAUUCGCUAGGGGCCUACGUUGAAUAUACAAGAGAAUCUAUUUUGGGUCACAUUCUAAAUUUGUAACAGGGACAUUGAGGGUAGGAGUUGGCCUAGCCAUAAGUGAUUGUGUCACACUCUUGCUAGACAAAAUGGGCGCCAUCAAGACUUUCAAGCUCAAGAUGCUUCUCGCCAAGGCGCAGAAGAAAAACCGCCCGGUGCCGCAGUGGUUUCGCAUGAAGCAGGAUAAGAUCAAGUAUGGACUUAUACUUUUUUCGAUAUGUCGCAUUCAUCACUUCCAUUACGGAGUGAGGAUUCUGCAUUAGUAGAACCGCAUGAAUUACGAGCAAGGUAAGAAAAGAGACAUUUUCUGAGACUCCAAAACCAUUUUGUAGUUUUGUGCUAAAUUUGACAAUGUGUAAAUUCAUCUUCCAACCGCACCUAAUUUUUUCUAAAUCUCUUCUUUUUCAGGUACAACUCCAAGCGUCGCCACUGGCGCCGGACCAAGCUGAAGCACUAAGUUGCUGGUCUCUGCGAUCCGGGAAUAUGACGUGUCCAGCGUUUAGGAUUUGUGAUUUGAGAAUAGGCUAAUACAUUUUAGCCGGUACGCAAUCGCAGGUAGGAGCUAGAAGUGACAUCGCUGCGCUGCGGAGCCGACCCGGGUCUCGUGAACUCGAACGCUCUCGAUGAAACGGAUGACGGAGUGACGACUUCUGGUCUAUGCGCUACUGGCGUUUUCUUUGUGAAACUUUCCCUAUGAAUCUGUGAUACAUCAUCCUAAAUCUUGGCUCUGGGACUCUUUUUCUGGUAGUAUCGAGAAGACGCCCAUCAAAAAAGUUGAUGCCUUCGCCACUGCACGUGACUCCAAUUAUCUUUGAGUCAUGUGCCCGCGUGUGUGGGCUGGAUCGAGAAUGUUUUAGAGCCGGGCAGAACCCAUCAUGAGAGUGUUCAAGAUGUGAUGAUCUGAGCCCGAAGCCUGAAGGUCGGUAUGUGACAAAAUCGCCUUUUUGUCUGAUGUGCAUUUACGGAAAUAAGAUGGUGAUCUGUCGUGGAGUGAUGUGGCCCUUGCGGUCGUCGUUGGGUUAAAGAUCUG